CUCCACCUCCGACUAUAGCGGGAUCCCCCCGCUUCCUCGCCAUCUUUCGCCUCCGUCAGAGACAUAUAAAUACCUGUCUUGAUCUCGGGGAUUUCAACUUGAUCAUUGAGCAUUCCAGCUUUUCUCUAUUUUACCUACCUCACAAAGAGUUUUGAUCGAAAUCAUGACAAUGACCCCAACCACCCAGACCGAAGACCACUUCAAUGGAUGGCCCAACGUUCAAGGCUUUGAUGCAAACUUCGAAGUCAAGGAGCCGGUUGAACUCGCAGUCGAGGGGAAUUUCCCUGCCUAUACGGCUGGUACACUGUAUCGGACCGGUCCAGGAAAAUACAAGGUCGACACCGAGCAGGGCACGACGCUCGAGUUAAGCCACUGGUUUGAUGGAUACAGUCAAACCCAUCGCUUCCAGCUGGUCGCCCCAGACGGCGACCAACCCCUCCGCGUCUACUAUAACUCUCGCUUCUCGACCGACCUCCUGAUCGAACAGACCCGCAAGUCCGGCAAACAGAGAUCGAUCACCUUUGGUCAAAAGCGCGACCCAUGCAAGGCCGUCUAUGACAAGGUGCAGACCGAAUACGAGCCCGCCGACAAGUCCGAGUUCCCUCAUCCCGCCGCCGUGAACGUGGGCGUCACCUUAUCAGUCAACAUGCCGGGACUCGGGGCCAAACCCGGUGACGGUGACCGCUGGGACACUGCCACGGGGAUCAAGAGCCUGUGGGCUAAGACCGACUACAACCUCUACAAGCAGCUAGACCCUGUAUCCCUGGAGCCCAUCGGUCUGGCCCGCCAGCAGAACCUUCAUGAAGACCUGUCGGGCAUGGAGACCGCCUCCCACGCUCGCUCAGACCCUAAGACCGGCGACGUCUUCAACUACAACCUCGCCUUCCUCCCCGAGCCCACGUAUCGCGUCUUCCGCAUCUCCGCCUCGACCGGCCAAACCACGAUCCUCGCGACCUUCCCUGCCACGCCCGCGUAUCUGCACUCCCUCUUCCUCACUCAGGACUACGUGGUCCUCUGCGUCUGGAACGCACACCUCGACGUGUCCACCUUCAACACGCCCCAACACAGCUUCCUCGACGCAAUCCAACCGUUUGACGCCUCCGAGCCAUCCGUGUGGUAUGUCAUCGACCGCCAGGGUGACCAGGGACUGGUAGGCAUAUACCGCGGGCCUCCAUUCUUCAGCUUCCACACCAUCAACGCCUGGCAGGAGCCCUCAUCGCCCACCCAUCAAGCAAACAGCGACAGCGACAAAGACACCGACAAAGACACCGACAUCGACAUCGUCGCCGAGCUGGUCAUGUUCGACAACACCGACUUCCUCUUCUCCCUGUACUACGAGAACCUCCUCUCCAACAGCCCUGUCGCCAAAUCCCGCCUCGCCCAAGGCCGCACCGAAACCACGCGCUCGACCAUUGCCCGCUUCCGCCUCCCUCUCAUUCCAUCCACCACCACCACCACCACCACCUCCAGUCCCCCGCCGCAGAAGGCCAUUCUCGAACGCAGCACCUGCAAGCCCAUCUCCCCCGAACUCCCCACCAUGAACCCCCACUACGUCACCCGCCGCCACCGAUACACCUACUCCGUCGGCGGCCGCGGCGAGUCCACCUUCUUCGAUUGCCUCAUGAAGUUCGACAGCGACCACCCGGACAGUCCCCAGAUCUGGGCCCAGCAUGCACAUUCCCCCGGGGAGCCGAUCUUCGUGGCGGACCCCAACGGCACCAACGAGGAUGACGGGGUGCUGUUGAGUGUCGUGCUGGACGGGCACGCAGGCAAGAGCUAUCUCUUGUGUCUGGACGCGCGGGAUCUGUCCGUGCUGGGCAGGGCGGGGGUGGAUGGGCCCGUGGGGUUUGGGUUUCAUGGACAGCAUGUACCUGUUGCCGGUGGGGCGAUUCCCACGGGCGACUACUAAUUGUGGAUUGGAUGAGUUGAAUCAUCUGAUGCUGGGUUGGGAAGGUUGGCUUUAAUGUGUUGUGUGUCAGGCUGUUUUCGGGUUUUAUUCUGCUCUCCUCUGCUCUGAAUUGCUCUUCCGUCUGUCUCUGUAAUAUGCUCCAAAUUGUUUCAUAAUCGAUUCAUACCUAGGUUAUAGUCAUUCUGCGGGAGUUGAUAAUACUACUGCGUUGUGUUC